UGUAAAUACUUUACUUAUUUUGUCUCUCUUAGCGCAUUUCCCAGAUCCCCUUACCAAUGAAGACAGUACCAGACAGCAGAGACAAGAUUAUAGUUGGUGUCGGCGCUGGCGUCAUGGUCCUGAAUUUUCUAUUUUUGAUUUACACGUUCAGGCAACGCAGCUAUCUGCCUCUGAAGUUGAAAAACCUUACAAACAUAUUCGCGUCAUCCGUUGCUAUGUUAUUUUGGAUGAUCGGCACAAUCUAUUGCUACAAUAACACCUUUCUUACGCGUAACCGGGCCAUCUGCAUCCUGACACUGGGCAUAUUUCGCAUGUCGCUAGGCGGAUUCCUGUUUGUCGGGCUGUUCAUUUAUAGAGUGUAUCACUUUAUACUGAUAUUCUCUUUCAAGCAGCGACCAACGGGGUGGUACUUCUUCCUACCGACAUGCACAAUGGCCACGCUAUCUGCGGCAUACGCAAUUGCGGCAGCAGCUCUCCCGCCAAGAUACGGGUUUCGAUUACAAUGCGGAGCAGGGUGUAUGCGAAGCCAACCAGCCAAUUUACUACACUGGCAUCGGAAUAAUUGCGCUGCAGAUGAUUGCCGCGGUAUCGCUCGUUAUUCAUGCUCGCAAAAUGACGCCGCUGUUUAAUGAGUUUGCCGAGAUGGUGGUGAUUCUGGUCGCUAUGUCGACCUCGGUUGGCCUGUCAGUCGCCUUUAGGUGGAUCAUACGUGGCGAUGAUUCGCGUGUCGUGAUUGGUAUCAUCAAUACCAGCCUGCUGCUUGUUGCAUGCCAGAUAUACUUUAUUGCGCUGCUAGGCCGCCCGAUAUUUCACGCUCUGGUAGAUCGUGAGGAGUACCUGGUGUUUAUGCUACACAGGAUGAAAGAAAGUAACCUGAUGACAGAGUACGAUAUUUCCCGCCAGCAACAAAAGCAGCAGCAGCAGCAGCAUCAACAGCGGACAGAAACAGCAGCCACUCUACAAAGGAUAACAGAUCCCUCCCUGCGGUCGACAUUCACAGUUGAUUCUCAAGUUGGCCACACUGACAGUUUUCUGAUCUACGAAUCAGACCCGCAGAUGCACAUGGUCUUGGUUGACUCAUGGAAAGCAAGGCAAAGCUCGAUUUACCCUGACCGUCGCAUUGUCUAGAAUGUAGAUAGUCUUGUCUCUCAGGCUGUCCACGGUACAAAAGAGAACCCAGCGACUGUGUACUCGCGAUCGGUCUGGUUAGUGCUAAAAUUAAGUUUUCUAAACCCUCAUUUUAUAUUAAUAGUUCCAGUGUAUCCUUGUC